AUGACUCCCAAUGUCAAGAGAUCAAGGCGGAACAUCAAGUACCAGGAGGUAUCCACUCAAAAGCGUAGAGAUUGUUUUGGGAAGAUCGGGAAGCUAGCAGUACGAUUCAUAGGUCCAUACCAAGUCAUUGGGCGAGUUGGAGAAGUGCCUUAUCGCCUAGACCUACCGGCGGACAUGAAUCUACAUCCAAUGUUCUAUGUAUCAAUGCUACGGAAGCAUAUACGUGACCCCAGCGCCAUUGAACCUGAACGGGUAGAAGGAUUGCAGUCAAACCUUACUUACCAAGAAGGUCCAAUCAGACUUGGAGAUAAACGAGUUCAACACAGCUGCAUAGAACAAGGAGGAUCCGUGGAGAAGAGAACAGCAAGGCGGAUCCGUGGAGAGAGAGAACAUCAAGGAGGAUCAGAGGAGAUCAGUGGAAGAGGAGUCUGCAAGGGGACAACGUGA